UAAGCCAGCCAGCAGCCAACCUGCCAACACUUACUGACACUCACUCAUCUCAGAGAGAGAGAGAGAGACAAAAUACCUACCAGGAAAAAAAAAGAGAGAGAGAGGGGGAAGUCCAGGUUUUGCAAACUAUUCAAUUUUUCUUCGCAUCUUUCCCCACCCCCCUUCCUAGUACUUAAAAAAAAUCCCAAUAGCGAUCCUAAAAGGCAAAACCCAAACGCGGAGUUACUGGAAGAAGAAACCGGGGUUAAAAAGAUUCCUCCUCUCUUCUUCAUCAUCAUCAACCAUCAUUCAUUCACUACCUUGACAUUCCCUGGCUUUGAUUGACAGCUGGAGUGGCAAAAAGCCAUGAGACACGACAGUUUGGUUACAUGUGGGUUGCUGACGGGCCGAUCGUAACCUUCAGUUUGGGGGCUUGACAAUUUUUUUUUUUUUUUUUUUUUUUUGCUUAGAGAAAGAAAAAAGGAAAAAGAGAGAGAGAAAGAGAAAAAGGAAAGAGAGUCAGAGAGAAAAAAGAAGAAAUACACAAACAUCGUGGUUCUUGGCUGAUUAUUUUUUAUUAUUGUUGUUGUUAUUAUUAUUAUUAUUAUUAUUAUUAUUUACCCAGACUGGAGAAUAGGCGAAGUCUUAAGUGGGUUGCCAAAAAAAGGAAUCUUCUUCACUGUAAAUCACUUUCUUUUCUGGACUGGGAUAUUAAAUAUACGACACAUCCAGGAGUUUAUUGGAGCGCAGACUGAUGGCGCAAAGGUACGAUGAGCUGCCCCAUUACGGCGGGAUGGACGGAGUAGGGGUGCCGGCUUCCAUGUACGGAGACCCUCACGCUCCCCGGCCGAUCCCUCCGGUUCACCACCUGAACCAUGGGCCGCCGCUACACGCCAGCCAGCACUAUGGAGCCCACGCCCCGCACCCCAAUGUCAUGCCGGCCAGCAUGGGAUCGGCUGUCAACGACGCCUUAAAGCGGGACAAAGAUGCGAUCUACGGGCACCCGUUGUUCCCCCUGUUAGCGCUUGUCUUUGAGAAGUGCGAGCUGGCGACCUGCACUCCCCGGGAGCCUGGUGUGGCCGGCGGGGAUGUCUGCUCCUCGGACUCUUUCAACGAGGACAUCGCGGUCUUCGCUAAACAGGUCCGCGCUGAAAAACCACUUUUUUCUUCAAACCCAGAGUUGGACAAUUUGAUGAUCCAAGCAAUACAAGUACUAAGGUUUCAUCUUUUGGAAUUAGAAAAGGUCCACGAGUUGUGCGAUAACUUUUGCCAUAGGUACAUUAGUUGUUUGAAAGGAAAAAUGCCAAUCGACCUAGUUAUUGACGAAAGGGAUGGCAGCUCCAAAUCUGACCAUGAAGAACUCUCAGGAUCUUCCACAAAUUUAGCCGACCAUAACCCUUCAUCUUGGAGAGACCACGAUGAUGCAACCUCAACGCAUUCAGCAGGCACACCGGGGCCCUCCAGUGGGGGCCAUGCUUCCCAGAGUGGAGACAACAGCAGUGAGCAAGGGGAUGGGUUAGACAACAGCGUAGCCUCACCUGGUACAGGGGACGAUGAUGAUCCAGACAAGGACAAAAAGCGUCAGAAGAAAAGAGGCAUUUUCCCCAAAGUAGCAACAAAUAUCAUGAGAGCGUGGCUUUUCCAGCAUCUCACACAUCCAUAUCCUUCAGAGGAGCAGAAGAAACAGUUAGCCCAAGACACAGGACUUACAAUUCUACAAGUAAACAACUGGUUUAUUAAUGCCAGAAGAAGAAUAGUACAGCCUAUGAUUGACCAGUCAAAUCGAGCAGGUUUUCUUCUUGAUCCUUCAGUGAGCCAAGGAGCAGCAUAUAGUCCAGAGGGUCAGCCAAUGGGAAGCUUUGUAUUGGAUGGUCAGCAACACAUGGGAAUCCGGCCCGCAGGUUUGCAAGGCAUGCCAGGGGACUGCGUUUCUCAGGGUGGUCCUAUGGGUAUGAGUAUGGCACAGCCAAGUUACACUCCUCCCCAGAUGACCCCACACCCUACUCAGUUAAGACAUGGACCCCAAAUCCAUUCAUAUUUGUCAAGUCACCCCCAUCACCCAGCCAUGAUGAUGCACGGCGGACCCCCUACCCACCCUGGAAUGACCAUGUCAGCACAGAGCCCCACAAUGUUAAAUUCUGUAGACCCCAGUGUUGGUGGACAGGUUAUGGACAUUCAUGCCCAAUAGUAUAAGGGAACUCAAGGGAAAAAAACAAAAACAAACAAAAAAUCAAACCUAUUUUAAGACUUUUGAACUUUGACCAGAUAUUGACACUUAAAACGAAAUUCCAGACAGCUGUGAUUAUUUUUUACUUUUGUCAUUUUUCAUCAACAACAGAGGACCAAUGAGAAAAGAACAGAAAUGUGAAAUCAUGGGCUCACUGAAACAAUUAUGUCCAUGUACAGAUCCUCUGAGGGGAAAAAACAAAAAACAAACAAAAAAGACUCCAAGAGUUAUAACUACUGUAGUAUAAACAUAGGAACUAAGUUAACUUGUACAUUUCUGUUGAUCACUCCGUUAUGUUGCCUCAAAUAGUUUUAGAAGAAAAAAAAAUUCCUUGUUUUCCACACUAUGUGUGUUGUUCCCAAAAGAAUGACUGUUUUGGUUCACCAGUAAAGUCACUAUCCAUGAAAGACUACAGUAUAUUUCAGACCAGUUUUGGCCAGUGAAAAAAGAAUUACCCUGGAGAUGAAGAUGAAAAGUCUUGCUGGGUCUCUCAUCACUCAGAAGACAGUUCCAAGAAGGCCUUGCCAUCCCCUGGUUUUGUUCCUUCAUAAAUGUGUCCUUUAGUUUCAAACAGAUCUUUAUAGUUUGUGCUUCAAAAACCCAUUUUUUGGACUCUUCUUCAAAGAGCUUGCAGGUGAAGAUUUAAAAGACAGAGCAGGAGCUUCUUCCAGUAGUUCUGAGCCUUGGCUUUGGACAAAACAAAACUAAAAGUUGGGCAGCUUUCCUCAAUGAAAGAAGUUACUAAUGGUCUUUGCACCAAACCUAGAACUUUAUCAUGAACUCAAAGCUUGGGAAAAAAGCAAGAGAAUACUGUAACAAACUUCGUACAGAGUUCGGUCUAUUAAUUGUUUCAUGUUAGAUAUUCUAUGUGUUUACCUCAAUUGAAAAAGAAAAAAAAAAGAAUGUUUUGCUAGUAUCAGAUCUGCUGUGGAAUUGGUAUUGUAUGUCCAUGAAUUCUUCCUUUCUCAGCACGUGUUCCUCACUAGAAGAAAAUGCUGUUACCUUUAAGCUUUGUCAAAAUUUACAUUAAAAUACUUGUAUGAGGACUGUGACGUUAUGUUUAAAAAAAAGGUGUUAAGUCACAAAAUGCGGUAAUAAAUAUUUCAUUUUUGAUUUUU